ACCAGUCAGCUGCGUGGCGGAAGUGAAUUAGCAAAACAUUGAAAUUAAAAUCCAAACAAAACGUUCAGAGUUCCUCGUGUUCCGUAAAGUUAAAGUUUAAUUAAUUUAAAUCUCCGAAUGUGGGAGAGUUCACUGCCGGAGUGAAGCGGGACGUCCUGACUGUCGUGCAGUUAUCCAUGGCUCAGGUUCAGUGUUAAGGACAGUGAACGCAACAGUGUGAGUCCAGGGAUGAAGAGGAGGCUCCUGCUGGUGUCCAACUCCACCCUGCACGGCAGCGGCUACCUGGACCACUGCCAGACCAACAUCCAGAGCUUCUUCGGAAGAGAUGUGAAGAAAGUUCUGUUUGUUCCUUACGCUCUGCACGACAGAGAUGCUUACACCAAGACAGCCAGGACCAAGUUUGAUGCUCUGGGUUAUGACCUGGACAGCAUCCACGAGGCCUCGGACCCCGUCGAGGCCGUCAGGAAGGCCCAGGGCAUUUUUAUAGGAGGAGGAAACACCUUCCGGCUGCUGAAGUGUCUCUAUGACAACAAGGUGGUGUCUGAGAUCAGGAAGAGGGUGCUGGAGGACGGUGUUCCCUACAUGGGCUCCAGUGCGGGGACGAACGUCUCCACCGUCAGCAUCAGCACCACCAACGACAUGCCCAUCGUCUUCCCUCCGUCCUUCGCCGCCAUCGGCCUCGUUCCCUUCAACAUCAACCCACACUACCUGGACCCCGACCCCGCCAGCCGCCACAUGGGGGAAACCAGAGAGCAGAGGAUCAGCCAGUACCACGAGGAGCCUGACACACCCAGUGUACUGGGCCUGAGGGAGGGCUCCAUGCUGCUGGUGGAGGGAAAUAAAGCCACGCUGCUGGGAACCACCAAGGCCAGACUAUUCACUAGGGGAAAGCCCACCGUGGAAUACGACCCCGGCAGCGACCUCAGCUUCCUGCUGACUGACGCACACUGACCAAUCAGAGGGAAGCAGGAAGUGUGUCAUCAGGAUCUGGGCUGUGUUUUCUGCUUAAGAAACAUUAAACAUUUUACA